AUCAUAGAUUAUUAAAGUAAGGUAACAUUACACUCUUUGUGGAUAGAUUGAAGUUUGUUUUGCAGAAGCAUCUUUUGGAGACACCUCUGCGGUUUUAGUUCACUUUAGCCUCGUUAUGGACAGGCUGAAUUUAGAAUAAUGCUGGGAAGUACAAUUAUAAACCAUCGACAACAUGUUGGACUGCAGAAGCUCUCAGCGCUGGCAGGAAUCACACAUUCCUCUCUGGGCCCCAAUAAAAAGUACAAGUUUAUCCAAGAUGACACGAGUGGGGAGUCAACUCUUGUGUGCUCGUGUUUUCGCAUUUUUGAGAACCUGGAGCUCACCUGCGCUGUGGGUCAGCUGGUUUACGAGACUAUUCAAGCCCACCAGAAGGUCUAUCAUACAGGGUCGGGAUGCCUGCUGUUUCUCGCAGGAGCGUGGAGCCGUGCUGCUCUGGAGUGCCUUCAGAGAGGAAUUUCAGUAGCACACAUCAUCUCAGCUAUGUCUGAAGGGAUGGAAAUAUGCUUGGAUGUUUGCAGGAAAUGCAACAUCUCUACUGAGGGUCUUGGUGUGGAGCAAUCAGAGAACUGCACUGCGACAUCUAAUGCUGUAGGACUUCAACUGUCAAAGAAACCCAUUGUGGAGGUUUCUCAGGCAUCGUGCUACCUACAAGGGACAGCAAACGAUGGCCACAAGACUCUAAACACCAUUGGACAAAGGAAAAUAAAGCUCAGCAGACAUUUUUGUGAAGCCAAGUCUGAAAAUGUCUCCACAGUACUGCAACCUCAUCAGCCUAAGCUUCCUGACAUUGCACACCUUGCUGAGGGAUUGAGUCACGGUUGUGUCGAUGCAAUGAAUUUAGUAGUCAAAGCCAGCCAAAUACAGUCAAAAAAUAAUCAGCAAGAUAUCAGCUGUUUCAUGUUUGAUGUUACUAAAGUGGUGACUUGUGUGCUACCUGGUUUACCAGAGGACCAUGCGUGCGUUUUACCAGGUUGCAUUGUCGUCUUAUCUGCUGAACAGGCUUCAGUUGCACAUCACUUAAAAGAACAGCACUUGAACGUUGCUCUAAUUAAUGGCGAUUUAUCAGAUACCUAUCGCCAUCUUGGCUUUAAUAGGCCAACGGGUGUACAGUGUGUGAGUAACCAGUCAAAUUUGUCAAGUUCAAGCAAAGAGCAAGAGUGGAUGGAAAAGGUUGUGACACUUCUAUUAAACCUGGACGUGAACCUGAUACUAGUCAGUGGGCUUGUUAGUGAGAAAGUGAUUCAACACUGUUGUAGACAUCAUAUACUUGUGGUGGAAAAAGUGAAGGCUUCGGUUUUGAAGGCAUUCGCUAAUGCAACAGGAGCUGUUCCUGUGACUUAUGCCACACAGUUAAGUAAGCACUGUGUUGGCACAGGGGUGAAGGUUGUGAUAUGGAGGGACCUCAGCAGCCAUGAGAGGAAGCCUUUAACAACUGUGAAUAUUUCCACUGGUGGUAACAGCGAGUUGGUCACAGUAAUCCUCACAAGCUGUCUAACUGGCAAGCUGCAGGCUCUGGAGGACCAGUUUUGGACAUGUGCUUAUCGUUUACACCACGUUCUGAAAGACAAAGUCCUCCUGCCUGGUGCUGGAGUGACGGAAAUGCUUUGUGUUCAUCGCCUUCAAAAGCAAGCGGAGCACCAUGUCAAGCAUCAUGGAGAGAGGAAUGGGGACUCGGUCCAACAUACCAAAGCAGGAACAGCAGCUAACCCUUACAGGGGUGUAGUCUUGCACCUCUUGGCAGAUGGUUUAAUAGAUUACAUAUCCACUGUAGUGGUUAACACUGGAAGGUUUUCGAAAGUCAGAGCUAGGACUGCAGUGAGCCAACAACUGCAGGAAUAUAACGAAAGUCUAGGUAUUGCUGCAAAAGUUUCACAACUUUUCUUGGAAGGUGAACAAGGGGAUAGUGCAUUUCCCCCCCCCAUGAAGACCAGUGAAGCCCCAGCAGUAAAGAUCUAUGAUAAUCUGAGUGUGAAGCAGGAAGCAUGGAGGAAAGCCUUGGAUCUGGUUUUCCUGGUCUUACAGGCUGAUGCAGAGGUCAUCACAGGCAUUGACCAAAAAACUGAUGGUGCACAGGAAAACCUGAUGCUGUUGUGACUUUCAUGCAGAAUCUUGGGGAAGUAUUUGACUGUAUACAACUUUCUGAAUGUUUUUUUGUUGUUUGUUUUUGUUGUUUUAUUUAGACUGCAAAAAUGUGUUUGAAAUAUGAAAUUAAAUUUUUGAUUGGUACAAAGUGAAAGUAGAAUGAAGUGUAUUUAUAUUCUUUAUUUUCUUGUCAUCAAUAAAUAGUCAAAGGACAAUAUACAAAAAAAUCAUUAUAGUGAAGCAAAGCUACCCAUUUGCUACCACUCGGGGGCGACACCGUAGUCUAUUUGACUGUCUCAUCCAAACUGAUGCAGGUAAAUAUGACAGAAGAAUUGGCCUACAGUCUGAUAUUGCCAAUGAAUGGAGUGCAAUGGUGACAGUUGAAUGAAAUGAUGAUGCAUGUAUCUGAUUGACUCUUUUAACCUUUGCCAUCCUGACCUCCAGGUAAUGGUGAGCCGUGACAAAUGAGAACAGUGUCUUAAAAAAACACACAUGAAGUACAGUCAGUAGUAAUGAUAUAUUUCCAUAUUUUUAAUGUAUUAAACUUUUCAUCCUAAUCAUUAUUUUAUGUUUUGAAGGUGCUGCAUACUAUUCUCAUAGGAAAUACCCUAAAAUUCAGUUUAUUUUUAUUAUUAACCAAGCCUGACUUAGCUGACAGUACUUGUACAUGGCCUUGUACACACCUUGUCUUCGUGCUCAGUGCAGCCAGGGAAAACAAAUGGUACAUGUCCAAAACCACAAUUAAAUUUCCCUGUCAUGGAGCAUGGGAGGAA